UAAAACAAUCAAUCAGCACUUUUCUAGCUGUAGUGAUGUUUAUAGUAAUAGACCCCUCUCUCAUCCUCUGCUCUUCUUCUUAAACACUCUUCCUUCAUUUUUCUCUUAUAUAUACUGCACUCACUCAGAGAGAGAGAGAGAGAGAGAGAGAGGACAAGUACCCAGAACAAGAAAUCCUUUGAAAGAUUAAUCUGUGGACUGAAAAUCACUUUAAGGAAACAAAUAUGGGAGGGGGUCAUAUAGGGUUGUUCAUGUAUUGUUCUUUCCUUUUUGUUCUGGCUUCUGGGUUAUCCACAAACUUGCCUAUCAUAGCCUUUGAGGAUGGUUACACACCUUUGUUUGGGGACAACAAUUUGGUCAUCCAUAGGGAUGGGAAUUUGGUUCAUCUUUCACUUGAUGAGAGAACAGGUUCUGGAUUUGUCUCUCAUGACCUUUACCUACAUGGGUAUUUCAGUGCUUCCAUUAAGUUGCCUGGGGAUUACACUGCUGGAGUUGUGGUUGCUUUUUAUAUGUCAAACGGUGACAUGUUCCAGAAGAACCAUGAUGAAAUAGACUUUGAGUUUUUGGGAAACAUUAGAGGCAAAGACUGGAGGAUUCAGACUAAUGUUUAUGGUAAUGGAAGUACCAGCAUUGGCAGAGAAGAAAGAUUUGGUCUCUGGUUUGAUCCUGCUGAGGAUUUCCAUCAGUACAGUAUUCUCUGGACAGAUUCCAAGAUCAUAUUUUAUGUAGAUAAUGUUCCUAUUAGAGAAGUCAAGCGAACAAAAUCUAUGGGAGGAGAUUUCCCCUCAAAGCCAAUGACUUUGUAUGCUACCAUUUGGGAUGCAUCUGAUUGGGCUACUAAUGGAGGCAAAUACAGAGUAAAUUACAAAUAUGCACCCUUUGUUGCUGAGUUCUCCAACCUUGUCCUUCAUGGUUGUGCAGUUGAUCCCAUUGAGCAUGUGGCCAAAUGUGACAGUGCUCAAAGUUCUGAGGCAGUUCCUUCUGGGGUAACACCAGUACAAAGAAUCAAAAUGGAUAACUUCAGGAAGAAGCACAUGACAUACUCUUACUGUUAUGACAGAGUCAGAUACAAAGUCCCUCCACCUGAGUGUGUGAUCAAUCCCCAAGAAGCUGAAAGGCUAAGGAAAUUUGAUCCUGUCACAUUUGGUAAUGGCCGGCACCACCACCAUGGAAAACGACACCAUCACAGAGAUGCUGAUGCUGCUUCAUUUUAAAUGGUUCCAUAUGAAUAUUUUGUUAUAAAAGAAAUAUUUUCAUUUUGAUUUACCUGGGUUAAUAAUAUAUCUUUUACCUUUUUCCCUUUUCCUUUUUCCUAUUUCAUGUCAUUUUGGUGUAUAGAGAGAGUGGUUUGGGCAUACAAGUCCUUAUAUGACAGUGUUCUAUUAUAGUGCAUCUUUACAAAUUGAAUCUCAGGAUGAUUUGUGUGGUUAGACAAACAUAAGGGGUUCAAUAAACUAUUU